GCGGUGGCAAGCGACGCUCCCGAAACCCCGCGGCCAGGUUUGCAGUUCCGGCUGCCCGCAUGGACGCGGCGCUGAAGCGGAGCCUCUCGGAGGAGCCGGCUGAGCUCCCGGCGUCCGCCCGGGACUUGGAGGAGGAGGAGGAGGAGGAGGAAGAGGGGAUGGAGCAAGAGCUGGAGGAGGAAGAAGAGGUGGACCCCCGCAUCCAGGGAGAAUUGGAGAAGUUAAAUCAGUCCACGGAUGACAUCAACCGACGGGAGACUGAACUUGAGGAUGCUCGGCAGAAGUUCCGCUCUGUUCUGGUUGAAGCGACGGUGAAACUGGACGAGCUGUUGAAGAAGAUCGGCAAAGCCGUGGAAGACUCGAAGCCCUACUGGGAGGCGCGGAGGGUGGCGAGGCAGGCUCAGCUGGAAGCGCAGAAAGCCACGCAGGACUUCCAGAGGGCCACGGAGGUGCUCCGCGCCGCCAAGGAGACCAUCUCCCUGGCCGAGCAGCGGCUGCUCGAGGACGACAAGCGGCAGUUCGACUCGGCCUGGCAGGAGAUGCUGAAUCACGCCACCCAGAGGACGUAUGGUGAUAUUGAGCAGCCACACUUGGAGCCAUGGCUGAAGCCAGCGUGCUGGGAGACUGUCAUGGAGGCAGAGCACACCAAGACAAGGAGCGAGCUGGUGCACAAGGAGACGGCAGCCAGGUACAACGCGGCCAUGGGCCGCAUGCGGCAGCUGGAGAAGAAACUUAAGAGAGCCAUCAACAAAUCCAAGCCUUAUUUUGAACUCAAGGCAAAGUACUACAUGCAGCUUGAGCAACUAAAGAAGACUGUGGACGACCUGCAGGCCAAACUGGCCCUGGCAAAAGGCGAGUACAAGACGGCCCUGAAGAACCUGGAGAUGAUCUCGGACGAGAUACACGAGCGGCGGCGCUCCAGCGCCAUGGGGCCUCGGGGCUGCGGCGUGGGGGCUGAGGGCAGCAGCACAUCUGCAGAGGACCUGUCAGAGAGCAAACCCGAGCCAGAUGCUGUUUCUGUGGCCUCCGAGGCCUUUGAAGAUGACAACUGCAGCAACUUUGUGUCUGAAGAUGACUCGGAGACCCAGUCUGUGUCCAGCUUUAGUUCAGGACCCAUGAGCCCAUCUGGGAUGGCCGACCAGUUUUCUGCAGUUGUGAGGCCCGGCAGCCUGGAUCUUCCCAGCCCCGUGUCCCUAUCAGAGUUUGGAGUGAUGUUCCCAGUAUUAGGCCCUCGCAGUGAAUGCAGUGGGGCCUCCUCCCCGGAGUGUGAGGUGGAACGAGGAGACAGAGCAGAAGGGGCAGAGAAUAAAACAAGUGACAAAGCCAACAACAAUCGGAGUCUUAGCAACAGCAGCAGUGAUGGUGGCAAGAGCCAGAGCAGCACCUCCCCUGAGGGCCAGACCUUGGCAAACAGGAUGAAGCAGCUCUCCCUCCAGUGCGCAAAGGGACGAGAUGGGAUUAUUGCUGACAUAAAAAUGGUGCAGAUAGGCUGAUCCAACCAAGAUCCUGGCCCCAGUGCACACCACUAUUUAUAUGAGAAACUGAUUGGAGAACAUUGUGCCAAUAACCCUUUAAUAUAUGCCAAAUCGUAAGUGUUUACUCUGAACUGCACCAGUGAGGUUUCAGAGACCUUAAGGCUGAAGAUUCUUCCUCUGGUAAGAGCUCUUGGGCUGGUUUGUUUUCAGAGCAGAGUUGUUGCUGCAGGUGGGCUGUGACCAGGGCAGUCUUUGUGGAACAUUAACUGUAACAGUGUUAUGGAAGCAAUAACUAGUUCUCACAAAAGAACCCGAGCAAGAAAGGGGCUGGGAAGCUGAGCCCAGCUGGGGUCAACAGCUUGCUUCUCUCACCCCCAGUUGGGAAAAUAGAGAUGUUCUCUCCUUUUAUAUCUUAGGGCAUCUAAAUGAAAACAGAACGCAAGACAAAAUUCAUAUAUUCAGAACAUACCUUUUUGACCCAGUGAAGGCUUAAAAAAAUCCAAGAACAUAAUUCAUUUUUUAUCAUCUCUGAUGUUCGAAAGGGACUUUAAAAAAAAGUAUGUAUGUUAAAACACCCAUUAACACCAUUUUCUAUAAAGGUUACCAUGAACUGCACUUUUUGGGGUGGGAAAGGUGAAUGCCAAUGUUGGGAUGGGGGGCCGGGGAGGUGAGGGUAGCAAGGACAUAUCAUAGAAAGAGAUUUGUGGUUGGGGAAGAAAAGGUUCUAUAGCAUAAACCUUAUCCUACCAGCCAAGGGGACUUAUUCUAAGAGAAGUGCAUGUGAAAAUGGUUGCCACUGUUAUUCUAGAUUGACAAGGUGUUACUUUCUCUGUAGGUUGUAACUUUAAAAAUUAUUUAAGGGUUAUGCUACACUAGUAUUUCUUAGAGGAAACUGUCUCUUAAAGCUAGGAAAGGGAGUAGGCAUGUGUUGGCAAAGGCUGUUAAAUAGAUGCAAUGGAGUCUGUUAUUCUAAUAGUAAGUUAAGACUGCUUUUCUUUAAUGUUUUCAAGGCUACACAUAUUUAAGAGCACUGUAUUUUAUUUGUUUUAAAAGGAAAAGAGCAACCCCAUUUCAAGUUGUUUGUUAAUUGUCACAACUUGUAUGUUUUAGUCAUUUGUAAAUCUCUUCAUACUGUAGUGUUUUCUUCUUUUUUAAUGACUAAUACAGUAUCUUAAUUACAAGGUUAUUUUGUACUUGUCUUAAUACCUUGAGUGUAAUAAAAACCACUUAAGAAAAUGACAA